AUGGUGAUUGCGGGCUUCUCCGUGGAUGGUCCGCAGCGGGUCUUCCGGGCGCAGAGCGGCACGGUGUUUUUGGAGAGCGGGCAGCAGGUUGAGGCACUGGCCCGGAAGGAGCAGCGGGCGCUGCAGUCGCAGCAGGUGGCUUUGGAGGCAUUGGCAAAGCAACAAUCGCAGGCAAACCAGCGGCAGCAGACGCUUCAGGCGCAGUUCCACCUGGUGGAAGCCAAGGAGCAGAGGAUGGAGGAGUUAGUGAAGGAGCAGUCCAAGGAGCUGCUGGUAGCACAGGAGGAUAAGAUCAAGGCUGAGUUGGCCUUGGAGGAGCAAGCGACUGGAGUGCAGAGUGCGCGCACGCGCCUGGCGCUGAGCGGUUUGGCCAAGACGGGGACGCAGCUGCUGCAGCUGGCAGCGGCCUCCGCUGCCGACCUCAGCAAAGAGAUCUUGCGGGAUCAACUCAUCGGCGCGGCGGUCUACUUCUCGCUGAUCAUGAUCGCGGCCUUCAUUUACGUGACCUUCUUCACGUACCAGUACCCCAUGCUCAAAAACCAGCCAGUGGUCUACGGGGAUCACUUCACCUUCAGCCUCUUCGAGUGCUGCAACUGGGACCGGGACGCGCCUUCGGCGGAAAUCAUGAGAGAUCGCCGGAUCCCCUGCUGCUCCUGCUGCUGCCUGCCGGUGCGCUGGGCCGACACCGCCAGCAGCAGCAAGACCGGGUUCCUGCCCUUUUGGCCGGGCGUCAUUUUGAUCGCGCUCUUGAACGCCUUCACCGGGAUGUCCUUCUACGUGACUAGCCUGCUCUUCACCAUCCUCGCCACCUUACACCGUCAGAAGAUCCGAAAGACGUACGGCCUGCCCUACGGCAGCUGCAGCACCUGCACGGAGGAUUUCUGCACCUGGACCUGGUGCUCCUGCUGCGCCACCAUGCAGGAGGCCAUGGAGAUCCAAUACAUCGACCCCGUGCAGAACAAGAGGCCGUGGCAGCAGACCAUGGACUCCUUGCUGCCCGGCUCCGGAGCCACUUCCUCCGGAGUGAGGCAGCAAAACAGCGCCUGCUGCUGA